GAUAACCUAUUUUAAUCGAAUGUUUAUCAUCAUGUCACUUAUCUUUUUUCUGCCUUUUUAAAUGUCAUCACACGCCCUUUAGUCAACACUAGUUUUUAUGAUAAAUAAAAAUAUUUAAUUAAAAUGAGUGACGAAGUCCAAGAAGUGGGCGACUCUUUACAGUCAAUGAACAUUACUCAUGAUUUGUCUCCAGAAAAGCACAAAGUGGAUAUUUUGUUAAAACCAACUGGAAACGCACCUAUUAUGAAAAAGAAAAAAUGGACUGUGGACAGUGAUAAGAAAAUCGGAUGGAUAAUAGAAUUUAUCAGAAAGUAUUUAAAACUAGAACCCAAUGAAAAGUUGUUUCUGUAUGUAAACCAAACAUUCGCGCCAUCACCAGAUCAGAUAGUUAAGAAUUUAUAUGACUGUUAUAGCACUGAGGGUAAAUUAGUGCUUCACUACUGCAAGACACAAGCUUGGGGAUGAUUUUUGUCUUGUACCAGUGGUGUAUAUGUGUGCAUUUACAUUUAACACAUUUUUAUGUUUAUAAUCUAUUAUCGUUUCAGGUAAACGUUUUAUGUUAAUCCAGCAACAUGAUGAUUUUACACUGCUUUAAAGUGUUUUGUGAUAUUUGUUUAUAAAAAUAUACAUAUAUGUAGCAAAGUAUAAGUAUCAAAAUAAAUCUGUAAUUUGUAUAA